GUUUGUUAGGUUGGCUUGAUUAUCCAGAGUUCUUGCCCACUUUUUUGCAACUCUUUCUGAUUUAAAGGAAGCGAUUCGAUUUUUUUUUAGCGUGCAACCUCCAUUGAAUGUGGAUGUGCACUUUAUUCUCAUUUUAGCGUUUUUCUAUUUCUUUAUUAUUUGUAGCUUUUGCACAAUCAGUUGAGCUCCUUGUGUCUUUGCGCGCCUCCGGUUCUUCGCUCCAGCAUGGAUUUAAUUUGGAUUGGGGGCUUCAUUGUGAGUUUCUGCGCCUGGUUUGUCUCAGCGGAGCGACACAGCGUCUACUGGAACAGCUCCAACCCAAAGUUCCAGCGUGACGACUAUACCGUGAAGGUGAAGCUCAAUGACUACCUGGACAUUGUGUGCCCCCAUUACCCUCAGGGUGAGGAUCCACUGGUGAAUGCAGAGCGAUAUGUGCUGUACAUGGUGGAGCGAGAAGAUUACGCCUCCUGCAAGCCCCAAUCAUAUGACCAGAUGCGCUGGGAGUGCAGCCAUCCAUUUGCCGCUCACGCUCCAGAGAAGUUCUCUGAAAAGUUCCAGCGUUUUACCCCAUUCACCUUCGGGAAGGAGUUUCGUCAAGGAGAAAGCUAUUAUUAUAUCUCUAAACCGUUGCACCGCCACGGCAAAGAGUGUCUCAAGCUCCAGGUAGACGUCAUUGCAGCUGAUGGCUCCCAGGAGGCCAGAGUAGCCAACAAAGGUACAGGCGGGGGUGGAGUAGGAGCAGGGGGUGGUGCUCAUAACCCCUCUAACAGACCUGUUGCAGAUGACCCUGUUGCAAACCUACCAGAUGUCCAAAGUGUCCAUUCUGCUGCUGCAGUUACGUCACUCUCAGUCCUCUCAUUGCUCGUCUCCUUACUCCUUUUAUUACACUGAAAGAAAGAGAAAAAGACUUGUUUUUUCAGGGACUACAUUGAAGUCAGUCAGUGGGUUAGAAACCACUGACUUAAAGUAAAAAUAUUAUACCUGGUGCAGGCCACUGGGUGAUACUUUCAGAACUCUUAAAGUAACAGAUGGACCCUCAUUUUGCAUUUCAAAGUUUUUUUCUUUUGUUGAAUUUUCAAAAAGAUAAGUUUUUUUUGUAAAACAAAGCCCUCUUUGAGUUGUAUUUGUCUGGAGGGUGCAACAGUAAAACUUUUUGGAGGAAACAUUCUUUCUAAAACUAUGAAGACGGAGAAGAUUUCAACGUGGAUAACGAAGAAUCAAGAAAUGCUAAUAUGACCAUCUAGGGGUUGAAUAUCUGAACUUGAGCCAAAGAUCAGCCCUUUCUACAACUUGUACACUAUUCCACCCUUGACUAUUGUGUACCGAGUCGUUGUGUUUUUAUUGUUACCAAGUGGCGUUAAUGUCUCGAGUUAUUCCUUCUCUUUAAAUGUAGCAUUUAAACUCACAGGAGCUGUUCUCUUAACCACAAUCCCUCAGCGGACCAUGUGCUUACGUGUUGUAGCACUGACAGACUCUUAUGCAGUGGCUCCUAGAAAGAUUCACAUACAGCUCAAAUGAAAGUUUUUUUAGAUGAAUCAUUUUUUUAAAUGUUUUCUACACAAUUCUGUCUUUCUUGACCAUUUCUGCCUUUUAUAUUUUUUUUUAUAUUUUUAUUUUGGAAGAAUUUCCAGCAUACUUAUUUUCCUCUUCCCUAUACAUCUACAAUUCACCUGAUUGAUACCUUUGUUCAAAGAGAUCAUUCUAUCUUUGAAACCUUUCUGCAAUCUAUGACUUUAUCUAAAGAAUUCAAAUGUCUAGAAAAUGCUAAGAUGUUUUUUAAAAUUUAGGUUCACCUAUUUUAUUUUCUGUAGGUAGAAUUAGGGUUAUUCUUUCUAAAUGUGUCUUAUUUUCAGUUGAAUUGGGAUGGAAAAAUGCCAAAUUAUACGUGGAAAACAUUUUAAAUGAUUUAUCUUGGUCUGCUUUUAACAUUGGGAUGUAGACCUUUUUGGAGCCAGUCUAGCUUGAACACUGAUGCUGUGUGAAGACACUCCACUACACAAUACAUACUUUUUACGUGUACAUUCUGUGAAGGUAAUUUAUGACAUUUUUUGCAGCUCAGAAGUUUUACUGUACAUACCUUGUGCUCACUAAAUGUAAUGUUUACCGAGGGCGAUGAGUGCUGGGGAGCGCGUGUGUGCGUGCAUGCUUGUAUACGUGUGUUGUAUUGAAAUUAUGAGAAUGUACUUGAGCUGUGGGGAGUUUUGAUAUAAAGGAGAAAUGAGACAAAAUGUUUUCGAUAGCAAAAACACUGAGAUGAUGCGAAUCGAGGAGAGGCUGGACUUCUCCGUUAGUCGGGUUAAGCCACUAAACUGGUUGAACUCUUUGACACGAGGGGCUGGUUGAAAAUCUUUCUAGAUCUUAAAUAAAAAGCAAAAGAUUAUUACUCAUCACAUCCCAGCAAAACAGGACACAGCAUCGGAUGGAGUUGCUAAGCUCAUUUUCACCCGACCAGAAACGACAAAGCACAACAGUGUAUGACUACCAUCUUUUUUUUUUUUUCCCCAACAGAACUCUUGUUGCCUAAUUUUUGUACAUGUGUAAGUAAGAGCUGUGUAUAAUAUGUCCAUAUGUGUAUAUAUAUAAAUAUAGAUUAUAUAAAAGACCAGUUUGAUAAAUGUGAAAGAUUUUCAUGUGAAAUAAAAAAGAUAUUUUUGG